GAUUGAGAGGAGACCUCAUCAAUGUCUAUAAGCAUCUGAAGGGAAGGUGCCAAGAGGAUGGAUCCAGGCUCUUCUUGGUGGUGCUGAGCAAUAGGACAAGAAGCAAUGGGGAGAAACUGAUGCACAGGAAGUUUCAUCUGAAUAUGAGGAAGAACUUUUUUACUGUGCAGGUGACCACACACUGGAACAGAUGCCCAGAGUGGCUUUGGAGUUUCCCUCACUGGGGAUAUUCCAGAACCAUCUGGAUGCAAUUCUGUGCCAUGUUCUCUAGGAUGAUCCUGCUUGAGCAGGGAGCUUGGACCAGGUGCCCUACUGUGGUCCCUUCCAACCUUACACAUCCUGUGAUUCUCUUUCCUAGGUGUUGAGUCCUCUGAUCUGCAUGAAACAUUAAAUUAUUUGGAAGCAUCACCUUUAGUUAAAAACAAAGCCAGAUUUGCAGAAACCUGAGCACAGCUUAAUUAGUUCAAAAUUGAGAAGGAGAGCAACCAUGCUUCUACUGUUUUAUAGACUAACUUUGUGCAGAAUGUCAUCAGAUGAGGAGAAAAGCACAAGCCCAGUUUUACCAAAAGACUCUGUUCCGGACAGUUCUCUUUCUUCAGAUCUUCAGGAUGAAUAUGAAGAGCCACUUCAUUAUACUGUAGUGACUCCGAAGUUUGCACAGGAUUUGUCAAAGUGGACAGAACCUGCCUCAGAACUUAGACCAGCUGACAGAUCUGCAAGGGCAACAAAUGAUGCCAGUCACAGUAAGACUCCAGUCUUAACAUCAGUGAGGCAGAGUUUUGAGGCCAAUAUGGAACAAGCUAUUCUUUCAGAAGCGAUUUCUUCCCAGGGGUCCACACAUGGUCCAAGAGAAGUCAGUGAAACCAUAAUGACUGAAUUAACUUUACAAGAUGAAAAGCUCAAUCAAAUAGAAAAUAUACUUGAUCUCUGGACUGGAAGUCUUAAGACAAACAUUCUGACAGAAUUGAGAAAUUGGAAACUUAGUUUGAUUCAACAUCACAAGCUUCAAAUGAAACAAGAAAAAGAGAAACAUGCUGCACAUGUGAAACAAUUGUGCAAUGAGAUGGAAAACCUGAAGGAGUUACUACAUACUUAUGAAAUUUCUAUUGCCAGGAAAGAUGAGGUAAUUACUAACUUGACCCAAGCAAUAGAAAAGGAAAAGGAGAGAGUAGAGUUGAUGAGAAAGUUUGCGCUGUGGCGGAUUCAGCAUGUUAAAGCAAGUCAAGAGGAAUACGCAAAUAGAAUAGCAGACAAACAAUUCCAGACAACUUUGAUGAAGAAAGUGUGGGCAGCGUGGCGCUCUCUUAGUGAAGAAAAGUGGAAAGAUAAAGUAGCAAGAGCCUGUCAGUUGAGGGCAGAAGAUGUCUGUGUUCAACUCACCAAUGAUUAUGAAGCCAAAAUUGCAGAGCUGACUGCUAAUUUGGAACGGACAAAAGCUGAGAUUCUGCGACUGCACAGUGAAAGGGAUCAGUAUGAAGACACCAUGAAGAAAGCCUUUAUGCGUGGUGUAUGUGCUUUGAAUCUGGAAGCAAUGACCAUGUUUCAGGGCAAGGACAGUAGACCAGAUCCUGAUAUAGGAAGUAGGAGAAAUGAUAACGGUACCACUGUUGCAGGAAGGCUACCUCCUUCACAAUAUAAUCCACCCUCACCACCACCUCCACCAGCAACUACACUUCAGCUGGAAGGCAUGUUUUCUAGCCACCUUAGUCAUGCAAGCACUUCUCAGACCAGGCUAGAUUCUGAUUCUCCAGUAAUCAUCACUAGCACAGCAACAGGAUCUGGUGUGACAUCAACUCAAAAACUGCCCAUGGCAAAAGUGAUAACAUCUGCUCAGCAGAAAGCAGGAAGAACAAUCACUGCUCGUAUCACAGGCAGAGCUGAUAUGGGACAAAAAUCCAGAACUUGUGGGAGUUUAGCAGUGAUGGGAGUUGCUCCACCCAUGAGUUCAGUCAUUGUUGAGAAACAUCAUCCAGUCACUCAGCAAACCGUAUCGCAAGCCACUGCUGCCAAAUAUCCUCGAACUGUGCUCCAUUCUUCUGGUUCUACCACUGCGAGACCUGCAGGACAAGCUGGGCGAAUGCUUCAGGGCCAGACCCAUACUAGUGUUCAGUCAAUAAAAGUUGUUGACUGAGUGAAUAUCUUUAUCACCGAUGGGGGUUUUUAUCAAGCAGCCUCACCCUGCAGCAAGGGCAGAGUCCCAGAGAGGAAGAGUGUCCUCCAGCCCUGCCAUGUUCACACCAUCCCAGCACCAGCGGGGACCUCGGCACCACACUGCAGUCUCCCGGAAGGCCGUGUAAUGUGCUCUGUGUCAACUUACCAGCUAAAGGCUGAAAUCCUGCUGCCACCAGAUCUUCAUAUAGAUGUUUGACAGGAUUCUGAUGAGCCAGCAGCGUGCCGUGUAACCAGAUGAGCAACAUUCUGUUUCCAUGUUCCUUGUAACUUUUUUUCCCUAUGCAAUACACAAAGUACUUGUUCAAUAUGCUGGAAACAGUGUAUUUUGUGCUUUGGCACUUUUAGAGUUGCAAAAGGUUUUAAAACAUGCUCAGUUAUUUCCUUUCUCACCCAGAAGAAAAAUGAAGAUUGAGGCUAACAAAAGUUUUUUAAAAAAUCUAGUUUUAUCCUAACACUACUGUUAAGAGAGGAAAAAACCCUAAUACAUCUUAAAAUAAAUUUUUCCUUUAAUUUUUGCCCAAGAUGUGGAAAUGUACCCUAGAGUAACAAUCAACAAGCAUAAUAUGUGCUGUUGAAGUAUUGUUUUACCAGCACUUGAGAUGCCUGAAACCAGAAACUACUGUUUCAUGGCAGCUGUGCAGACAGAGCAUGAACACAGUCUUUCUGUGUCACGAGGUUUCCCAGGUCCUCGUUGGCAGGAUGACCUGCAAGACCCUUCCAUACUGCUCACUGCUGCUGGUUUUGAUCUCCAAACAGGAAGGUUUUUUCAGGCCAGGAGGCAGAGCAGAAGUGGUCUGUACUUCUACAGCACUACUUCCUAGGAUCUAAGGACGAGGCUUGUAUCCCUUCACUGCGUGAUACUCACAUAGUUUAAAAAGCAACACUGCAUUGUGGAGUUUUUUAGCCUACAUAUUAUGUCUGGCCAUUCAGAUAUUAUUACCUGUCCA